CAAUAAAAUCUUGAAGGAAUAUAAUUUGCACUAGAUAUUGAAAACAUUUCGAUAUUUGCAAUUGAUAUUAAAGGUAUUCCUUUUGCAAAAAUAACAUUUUAUAAUGCCCGACUAUUUUGUGAUAAGACAGACGAAAGAAUAUUAGUUAAUAUAGAAUGUAGCACUAUUGACGGAAGCUAUUUUGAAGCAAAAAACAAAGAAGAUUAAAUUUACAUUGAAUUCCCAUUAAUUGGAGAUUUAGGAAAGUUUGGUAUUCAUAAUAGGCAAGAAAUUACAGAUUUAACUCAUCUUAUUAAAUAAAUUAAAAAUAAUAAAGAAUAUAGGAUGAGCGAAUAUAAAUAAUUUAAUAUUAUUUCUUAAAUUAAUGAUUGUGAUUUCUAUUUUAAGAUUAAAAUUGAUUAAAAAACUUCUGAUAAAUAUAAUAGCAUUAAUAUCUAAAACAUUACAAUUGUAGCAUAAAUGGGUAUUUUAUUGAGAAUUGGAAGAUUUACUAAACUUGAUGAUGAUAUUUCUGAAACUUAACUAUAACCAGUUUGCAAAAUCCCUAAUUUAUUUGAUUAAGAAGAAGAAUCGAAUAAAAAAGGGCAAGAUUACUUCAAUUUUCCUAAAAAUUAUUUAGAAUUAACUAUUAAUGUAAAAAAUGUAUUAAUAUGCAGCUCUUGCAUUACAUCUACUAAUAUUUUAACUGUCAGAGGCGAAUUUAAUAUCGGUAUGAAAUGGAAUAAAUAGUCAUAAAUACUUUAAAAUGUAUAAGAAAACACUCAUAUUAUUUAAGAAUAAAACUUUGAAAUCUAAGGUUUAGAGAUUUUUAUUUGCGAUUAUGAAGAAAUGUCAUAAACGGAUUUUAAAAGAGUAAAAAAAAGAGAAAUUUUUGCUUCCAACUAAUAUAGUAGUUGA